AUGCCCGUUAUACCCGAGGACAAGUCGUCGCUUCAACCACCACCACGACAAUCAGACGUUGGUUCAGGGAAACAGAGCAAACAGGAAGAGGCUCAAAGAGAUGCGCCCAGAAAUACAAAUGUGCCGUCUAAGCGGGAGAUUGAAGCUGAAGAGAUGGAGCAUCAGCGGUAUGGAGAGGCGCAACCGCAGCUUGUGCCUAUGGACGUGAUUGAGACAAUGAUGUCGGCGCAGGGGCGGAAGAAGGAGAGUCUCAACGACGGAUGA